UGAAAAAUUGUCGACCUACCUAAUAUUAUUUAUUUUAUGAUUACAGUUCCGAGUAUGAUUUUAUACAUUUAAAAACUGUAGUGAACUUCACAUUACAAUACACUUCAAAGUUAGAACUUUGACGUUUAGUUUCGUUGAGGUUAUAUUUUUAGAAUUUUAAAUUUAUUAGUAGCUAUAUAAAUUAGAAACCGAUAAAAUGUAGUGUGGAGUGUUUUGUAAGAUAAUUAAAAAUAAAUUAUAACCAACCUGUUUCACUCAGAUUUCUAAAUAAAAUACUUUAUGUUACUGUUUGCUAUGACAGUUAUGUGAUACUUUAUUGUUAGAUAUUUGUUAAACUCAUAAACUGACAUAAUAUUCUAAUAAGAUUAACUGUGAAAGUUAGGUGGCUGUUAGGUAAUAAAAAGUUAAUGUGUUUAAUGUUUAAGUUUCAUUAGGGAAUAAGGAACUGUAACUUCUGAUGAUUACAAUAUAUACAGUAGAAAAUAGAAAUAUUUUCAUUGUUCUAAUGUGUUGCAUCUGAAGUCUGAAUAAAAUACCACUAUAAACAUAUAAAAAUAAGGGUCCUAACAAAAGGAUUGCUACGGAAAUUAUUAUUCAAACAAGUGUACUGUUUUAAUGUUUUAGGAAUAUAAAAUUUUUCGUUUUUAACGUUAUGGAAGGUCUCAGGAGAAUUUUACCAACAAAAAUGUAUGAAAUGCUUGAAAGAGCGGGUAUUUGCACACCAAAAGAAAUAGUAACCCUUUCAAUGUGGGAUUUAAAAAAAGCAACAAAUAUGACAGACGAGGAUAUUAAUUUAUUGAAAACCAUAACAGCAAAUCACACACGUCCAUCAGUUUCAAGUGCGGAAGGAUUAGAAAGUGAAAAUUAUGUGUCAUCGGGUUGUAUUAAUUUUGAUAAAAUUUUAAAGGGUGGUUUUAGAAAAGGCACUCUCACUGAAUUAUAUGGGGAAAGCGGUUCAGGGAAAACCCAACUAGCAAUGCAAAUUGCCGCUCAGUGUGGGAAAGAUGGAAGUGUAUACAUUUGUACUGAAGGUGUAUUUCCCGUGAAAAGAUUUAAUAAUAUUAGCGAAAGUAUUCACGGCAAUAUGUCUUAUGAAAAUAGACAAAAUAUGUAUAUUGAACAUAUCACAGAAGGACAAGACCUAUUAUCGUGUAUUCGAGUUCGUUUACCCAAAUUGUUGGUAAAUAAGGAAAUAUCAACUAUUAUUAUAGACUCAAUUGCUGCCCCCCUUCGAUGUGAAAAUUCAAAUUAUGUUCAACGAGCAGAAGAUCUAAGAGAACUGGCGAUCUUAUUAAUAAGUAUAGCUCAAAAGUUUAACUGUGCCGUUAUUUGCAUAAAUCAGGUCUCUUCAACGUUUGACGAAACUGAUGAUGUGGUACCUUCCUUAGGCCUAGCAUGGUCAAACAUGAUAACAUAUAGGAUGCUAUUGAAAAGAACAAACAAUGUCAUAUAUUUUCAAGAUUCUAAUACUAAUGUGAGAGAAUUUACAGUUGUGUUUGGUCCCUGUUUACCAAAUCAAGUAUCCCAAUUUAUUAUAACAGCAAAUGGAAUAAAGUUCUUAUAAGUAAUGCUUAGUUGCUUAAUUUAUUAAAACCGCAUUUGAAGUAAUUAAGUCAACGUAAAUUCCCGUGAGAAUGUCGGAGGAUAUCACGUUUCACCGUGGUAAAGAGUAGC